CACAAAGCACCUGGGCACUCAAAUGAUAGAAAGCGCAAACCGUGUGGAGUAUUCUAUUCACCAUUGCACACAAGCUCUUUACUCCUGCUGUCUAAAGCACGGUUGCUCGCAAUAUGUCUGCUCGUAACCUCACCGCCCUGGGUUUCUCUGUGGGUGUUGGCGUCAUUACAGGAGUCUACAUAUUUAAGCCAACUCUCCAGGAACAACAUCUGGCCUGGCGUGAUCCUGGUAAAGGGCAAACAGCAAAAGAUGGGCAUGGCGUUACUCUGGACCAUCAGCACCUGGGAAAGCAGCCACUAGACCGUCCAUAUCAAGGCCAUAGUCAAAAUAAUUAAGACACAGGCAUAAGUCAACGUCUGUAUCUUCAUGUCUACCGUUUGAACUCGAAGUUCGAGGUGAAGUUGCUCUCGCUGCCUUCCGUGCACAGGGGCUUCUCCAUCAAGUCAAGGAAGUCUGGCGCGGCAAAGUGAAGCGAUGACUUCUCGCAAUUCGAAAUCAGCAUGGAACGGACACCUCGGCCCUACUCAUCAAGGAGGCAGUGAAGAGAGGCAAAGGCGUCCACUGGGUCCAGGCAUUGGAGGUCUUGGUAACCCCCCCCCCCCCCAAAAAAAAAAAAAGAAAGAAGAAGAAGAGGAUGUGUGUGGUAAUGUCCAGAUGUUGCCGACAACAGAGAUGGAUGACGUCCAAGAGUUUCUUCACUUCCGCCCUAGAGUACGUCGUUCUGUGGAAGAACCUCCUGCAGAAGUUACUCACACAGACAAUGAGUGGUCGAGCCACAGGGACUCUGUCAUGAUGUAUUGUGAUUUUUGACGAUGUGGCGGUGAUAUGGUGUUACAUGUGAAAGACAAGCCCACAGGAUUCAUUGCGGGGCUCGUAAAUGCCUACAUACAAUUCCACAUGACAUACCGACCUCUGCCCCUGUGGGAAUGCAACCUGCUGGAAGGCACCCAAUGAAUCGCUUGGUGGUACCCGAGCUCUGUUGAAGGAUUAAAUGUCCUGUUUUCAAGUCUCCGAGAAAAGGUUGACAAUGUAUUGGGAAGGCAGAGCACCUAGCAGUGUUCUGGAAUAUGGUAACAUCAAGACGGGUUGACCUUCUCACAAGGACUGAUUGGUUGUUGGCACUUAGCCAGAUACUUAUGUAAGCAUGACAGCUCUGGGCGGUGGCCUGAUUUUGCAGCUUCGGAAGUUUUGACCGUCCCUCGAGGCUAACAGCAGAGCAACGUUUUAACGGUCACGGCCUUGGGCAAUCCCAUCUCCACUCUUCUCCUGCUACCCUUCCACCAGCUUCUCUGAUCUACCCAUCCACGACCCUCUGUCGACCGGCCUCGCCUCGCCUCGCCUCGCUCCAUCUCCAGCACAGCAAGUCCUCCGCAAGCAAUCACAAUGAUGCGCCUUCCGACAUCGUCCGCCCUGCGCGCCACCGUCACCAGGGCUGGCCGCCAGGCCACCACCUCCUCCGCCAUGGUCACCCGAGCCGCCGCCUCCACCCACGCAAUCUCCAACCCUACCCUGGCCAACAUCGAGAAGAGAUGGGAGGGCAUGCCUCUGCAGGAGCAGGCUGAGCUGUGGAUGGCCCUGCGCGACCGCAUGAAGGAGAACUGGGGCGACCUGACCCUCCAGGAAAAGAAGGCUGCCUACUGGAUCGCUUUCGGCCCUCACGGGCCCCGCGCUCAGCCUCCUGCCGAUGAGAACAAGAAGGUUAUACUCUACGUCCUCGCAGGUCUCGGUGCAUCCCUGACCAUCUUCGCUACUAUGCGUAUGUUCGCCAAGCCCGCACCACACACCAUGACGCGCGAGUGGCAGGAGGCUUCCAACGAGUACCUCAAGGAGCAAAAAGCCGAUCCCUUCACAGGUAUCGCCUCGCCCGACUACAAGGGUCAGGGUCAGGUCCAGUCGCCGCCCGCAAAGGCUUAAGACGCCUAGGCAAGGGAUGGAGAAGGUCUUCUCCUUUGUCAGUAGACGAGGCAGAAAUGAAAUCAGCAGAAAGAGGAAUGAUGCCAUCAUUGCCACAUGGCCUCACCCCUACGUGCAGAAUGAUGGUGACAGGAAUGAGCCUUGGACUGGCGGCCUGGUUGGAUGUGGUGAUUUUAUACGUGAAUGUAAAUAUGUGUACGAGAAUCCCAAAGAUCCUU